CCCGUUUCUCAAACCUCUUCGAGACAUCCGGAGCCCCCUUCCAACCCAUCUGUUUGCCCUGCACGGUUUUCUCUCCCCAUCUCUUUUAAUCACCGACUCGCCUCUUCGUCUCUCCCCUCGUUUGUCGAAAGCUUUCGGUGGGUUGUGUUUUUCCAACGGCGCAGCGCAUCGGUCCCCCACAGUUUCGCUUCCCUCUCACGUGUCGCCUCCAAAAGCUAUCCAGGUCCAACUACUCUGGCUUGACGGUCGGCGCGUUGCCAUCAUCGUUUCGUUGCUUAACAGCUCGACAAGCUUCAAGGAGACAAGGAACCUCACGCAAGGAAACAUCAAAGCUCUGCUUGCAGACUUGACGCCACGUCGCGAUACAUCGCAGCUUGGACUGUUCGUUUGACGGAAGAAAGGUUUGAGCUUCUGCAUCCGAAUCGCCUCCCAGAUACAACCUUUGUCUAUCAUCAGCUCCUUCCCUCCCACCUUCUUUACCUCUUUUCCAUCAUCCACCUUCUUCCUGCCCGUCCGCUGCCUCAUCGCCCAGCCUCGCCUUCCCUCCGCUUGACCUGAGUAUCUUUGCGAUUCUCACGAUUUCGGAAGUCACCUCGAACCUGAUAGGAUAGGAGUCAUCCUGAACCCACAUCCCGAUCUUUCAACUUCACGAUCUCUGCCUGCCCUACGACCUUUAUCCUGCACGAUCAAAGCCACUUCACCGAAGAGACAUUCUCUGAACCCGAUCCCGACUACGCCACUACACCAGCCCGUUUUCCUUUGAAAACCGUUGUGGUGUAGAUAGUCGAAUACAAACAAGCUCUUCUUGAACAUACACGGAAUUGCGAAAACUUGUGUGAGACAUUAACAACUAGCCCAUCAUGUCCGCGUCGCCUACCCAACCCGCCAACUCGGCCAAGCGCCCCCUCGAGGAGACUUCGUCCCCUUCGCGUAGCAACGACCAGCCCGACGCGAAGCGACCAGCCUUGGACAAAAUACUGAAGAGUGAUGAGGAGGUUGAGAUGGCGCAGCCGCUCGACGCAACUACCAUCCCAUCCACGGAUGCGAACGGUGCCGACAAGACCAACGGCGCUGAUACAAAGUCUGAGGCUGGUGACGAAGGCGCCGAAGGUUCCGAGACGAAGCCUAUCCAGAGCUCCGUUGCCGGCUCCGUUCCCGCGACGUCCACGCCCUCGGCAAGUCACGAUGAGAGAGAUUGGAUUCACAUUCGCGCUGUCAUUUCCAGCCCGGAAGCUGCCACCGUCAUUGGAAAGGGUGGAGAAAAUGUGUCAAACAUUCGCAAGAUGUCGGGUGCCAAGUGCACCGUCAGCGAUUACCAAAAGGGGGCCGUUGAGCGCAUCUUGACCGUUAGCGGCGUCGUCGAUGCUGCUGCAAAGGCCUUCGGUCUCAUCAUUCGGACUCUCAACAAUGAGCCUCUGGCCGAGCCAUCCAGUGCCCAGUCAAAGACGUACCCUCUGCGCCUGCUCAUCCCUCACAUCUUGAUCGGUUCCAUCAUCGGAAAGGGCGGCGCUCGUAUCCGCGAGAUCCAGGAGGCUUCCGGUGCAAGGCUUAACGCGUCCGACUCCUGCCUGCCUCUGUCGACCGAGCGUUCGCUGGUGGUCAUGGGUGUUGCUGACGCGGUUCACAUCGCUACGUACUACGUCGGCAGCACCCUGCUAGAGCAGCUGAACGACCGGUUCGGUGGACCUGCUGCCUCCGCAUAUGCGACAAGGAGCGGUGGCCCCGCUGGCGUCGUCCCUGGCGGCAUGCAAGUUGUGCCGUACAGCCCGCAGCCAACCACUGGCAACUACGGCAACCGCGAUAACUACAACCGCAGACACGACGCUCGCGCCCAACAUCACGGCCUGCCAGCUGCUCCGUACGGCGCGCAGCCCUACCCUCACCAGGCAGCCCAGCCCAACCCGGCCAUGCCCAUUCACUAUGGUGCGGCGCAGGCUGGCGGCUAUGGUGCCGCUGCUCCUAUGCAACCCCAUGCAGGUGCUGCCAUGCCUCAACCUCACGGCGCUCACCCAGCUCAGCCCGUUCACGGAGGAGCCAUGCCAGGCGCGCCUUUGACCCAGCAGAUCUACAUCCCCAACGAUAUGGUUGGAGCCAUCAUCGGAAAGGGCGGGCAAAAGAUCAACGAAAUACGCCAGAUCAGCGGUAGUGUGAUUAAGAUCAACGAGCCGCAAGACAACAGCAACGAACGGCUGGUCACAAUCACGGGCACAGAGGAGUGCAACAGGAUGGCGCUUUACAUGCUCUACUCUCGUCUUGAAUCGGAAAAACACCGGAUCUAACGUUGACGACGUUCAUGACUUUACUGACUAUCAAAUUUUAGUUCGGCAAACCAAAAUUUCGGGCGGAAUGGCACAGUUUCUUUUCUUUCGCGAAACAUCAUCGCCGUGUUUGGGGGAUAUCGGAUUGGUCUCUAGCGACAUCUACGCCGCGAGACCCCGGCUACAUCUGGAAAGGGGGACUGGUCUCGAUCAGCUUCGGCAGAUCAAAGGUGCUUUUAGAGGAGGUACUACUUUUAAUAGUGCACUACUCUCUUUUACUUCAUCCAUUCUCCAGCACAUCUUGACUCCCUGCCCACUCUCAUCACUAUCACCGUCGCGCGCCCCAUCGGUCGCCGCCUUGUCCGGCCCUGCUUGUCGUCCCAUCACCCUCACUCACACAGCCCUGACGGUUAUGGCAGCCUUGACCCCUAGAAUCUCGUGACCCGUUCCCCAACAUCGUCCUGAUCAAAU